UGGCAGCGGUGGGACCGGAUGUUGCAGCAGCAGUUUCCGGCCGUCUCCGUGGCAGGGGCAGGCGGCGGGUGCGGGGCUGAGCGGCGGGCGGGCCGCAGCGGGGCGCGGAGAUGGUGCUGCUCACGAUGAUCGCCCGCGUGGCGGACGGGCUCCCGCUGGCCGCCUCCAUGCAGGAGGACGAGCAGUCAGGCCGCGAUCUGCAGCAGUACCAGAGUCAGGCGAAGCAGCUCUUCCGCAAGCUGAACGAGCAGUCCCCCACGAGGUGUACUCUCGAAGCAGGAGCCAUGGCUUUCCACUACAUCAUUGAGAAAGGAGUGUGUUAUCUGGUCCUGUGUGAAGCUGCAUUCCCCAAGAAACUGGCCUUUGCCUAUCUGGAAGACUUGCAUUCAGAGUUUGAUGAGCAGCAUGGCAAGAAGGUGCCAACGGUCUCCAGGCCCUAUUCCUUCAUUGAAUUUGAUACCUACAUACAGAAAACCAAGAAGCUCUACAUUGAUAGCCGGGCAAGGAGGAACCUGGGCUCCAUCAACACAGAGCUGCAGGAUGUGCAGAGGAUUAUGGUGGCCAACAUCGAGGAAGUCUUACAGCGAGGAGAGGCACUUUCAGCUCUGGAUUCCAAGGCCAACAGCUUGUCCAGUUUGUCCAAGAAGUACCGUCAGGACGCGAAGUAUCUGAACAUGCGUUCCACUUACGCCAAACUCGCGGCCGUAGCUGUGUUUUUUAUCAUGUUGAUCGUCUAUGUGAGAUUCUGGUGGCUGUGAGCUGGUUGCAGUCAUGGAAGAGGGAAAGCCGGUAGCCUGGCAGGUGUAUGUGUGCAGGACACUGUUCACGGGGGAUGUGCAUUAGAAUCCACACAGGACCAUCACCUUUACGGGACUGUCCUGAAAUUGUUAGGUGACACCUGACUACUACACCUCUUAGUGAAGCCUAACAAUAGGUGUAAAGGCUUGUUGACUACAGGCUUUUCCUCUGAGGCAGUUUGCACUAGGGUACUGCAGAGUUUGGCCUCCCACGGUUCUGCCCCCCCCUCCCGGGGGUGCGCUCUGGGAACAGUCAAUCAGUGCGGUUUAGCAUAAUCACGUUGUACGUCCUCCUGUUGAGUAGCUCUAGUGGGAACUGGACUCUAAUGAACAUUCCUUGUGUUGGCAAUGUUUGCUUUUUUAGAAUCUGGGUCUGCAUUUAUUUUUCUUUCUUCUUUUUUUUAAAGACAAGACUCCCCUGUUUGAAGGCAAAUACUGCACUGUACAUAUAGCUUUCACCUCUGUCAGAAUAGCUAUUGUUGAGUUUUCUGUGUCUGACAUCUUGGCUUGUUACACUUUAAAUUGCUUUAGGAAGAAAUGGAUGUUAAAUUAUGCCUUAAAAUACAUUCUGUCUAGUUCUAGGAGGGGCAAUGAAAGGCUUCUAUAUUACUGAUUCCUAUAAAAUUAAACUAUAGAUUUGUAAGUGUCCA